GUGCCGCAUCGCGGCGGCGCUAGUUAUAAUUUUAACGAUAAUUGCAAUUGUUAGUCGUGGAAAAUGUCAAUAUUUAGUGCGUUGGAGUGAAAUUAAGCAUGUCAUAGGAAUGUGGAAUUUCCACCGUUAGCUCGGUUAUGAGCACUGUGCCACGCUCAUAAGAGUCGGGACAACAUUUGACUUAAAGAAAUCGUAUUAUUGAUUUUUGACUGGGUGGUGCUCGGCUCAAUCCGAUGGGAAUGAGUUUAAAUCCCUGGUUGGUUGGUAUUUCAGCCCUGUCAUCCCUGCAUUGUGAAUACAAUCAGCACCACUAGGAAUUCAACAGUGGCCGACCUAUGUGGAGAUUUGCCCAUACCAUAGUAAUGUGGAAUUUCCACCAUGUGCCGAACGCCAUCAGGCUUAUUUCACCAUGGGGGCACACUUCGUCACGUUUUAAUAUUGCUACAUUUUUGCGUUUCGAGUUAUAUUGUUAUUUGCCGCACUAAUUUGAUCUUGGAUUCUGUCAGAUUAAGCUUGUAGUGCACGCACGGACAUCCGAUUGGGAUGUGAAGUGGAGGAGGCAGUGAAUAAUCACGUGGCUGUGUUGGAAUGUGGUGAUCAGUGUCCUUGCAGUGAAAGGGAUGUGGAUGACGCAAUCCUUAAGACAGUCUGUUUGGUGGUUAUGUAUGAUAUAAGUAAUGCUUGCAAUGAGUCAUAGGUUUAAAUAACCUUUCACUUUAUGCAGAUGCUCAUUUUAAAAUGUACAAAAUAUAGUGCUAAGAACAAUGAGCCUUCAUGAACUGAACCUGCCAAAGUUGCAACAGCUGUUGUCAUGCCCGUGGUUGUUGUAUUUAUUAUUUAAUGUUAAUGUAAAAAUUUAAAAAGUAAGUGCAUGUCAUUUUACACCAACAUUCACAGUAAAAAUAAAUACCUCCUUUGUCCUAAAAAUACAAAUUUCGUCAGUAAAGCCUUCGUGAUUGUCAAUAUUCAAAAUUAUCUGACACUUUUGUCAAAUUCUGAGAUUCACAACACCAGACUUCAGUUAUUUUAUGGUUCUUGGGAUUUGGUGAUAAUUCCCGAGGCUCAAAGCAUCAGACUGACUAAUUGCUGCCGUCAGAAUUUUCAUGCAGAGUCAUUUCUAAGACUGACCUUGCCAGACCAACACAAUUUAAGACAUUCAUAAUGUUACUUUUAAUAACCGAGCUUUGGAUAUACAGUCCUGGGCUUUUGAAUUUGUAGAGUCCAAGGUCACAUCUGGACUAAAGUACCAAUGCAUGACUAUAUUUCUGUGUUAAUUACCGAAGCUUAUUGAGGUCGCGUGAAUUUGUUUGGUUCGUGGUUCACGUGCUUAUUGAGAAAUCCACUUGCAAUGUUGAUGUUAUAGAUUUAACCUGCAUCCAUAGUCUCAGACGCGUCUGCUUUAACUGCAGUGUUAUAAGUCGGCUGCCUGUAAUUUAAUCUGGACCAAAUCGGUCAUGCUGCUCGGCAUGUUAUUGAUGUUUGCCGCUUUUUCACGAGUAGACGUGGCAUUGUUCUGCCAUUGAUGUAGCUACGUGAUGGUGCUCUUUAAUCGCAGACCUACUUUAAACAGCGAAAGGAAGCCUGGAUUAUACCCAUUAAAUAUUGCAUUUAUUACUAAAUUUUCCCCAUGUAUGUUUAAUGAGUUCAUUAUUAUCGUAUCUACAUGCAUGCAUGUGGUUCUAUCAUUUAUAAUACAGCAUUUGGUUUUAUAGCGUAAGUGCGGAAAAUGUUGAAAUUGAUAAUGUAUAAUUUAAGGGGAGUGGUGCACUGUACUGUGAUGACGGUCACCCAGCUUCUGUAAAAUUGUAUCUGAGCUGAUCGUGGGGUAUAUCUAGGUCAUCUCAGCCGUAAAUUAGGACAUGGUGCAGUGCGUGAGCGUCUCAGCAGUGGGCAGACUGGGUGUGGUGCUAGGCGUGGUCCUGGCCACACUGUCGCCUUCCUUACCUCUGCGAGAUCGAGGAGAUUCUCACAAAUAGAACUUGCGCUGACAUUUCAUGAGCCCAUGUGGGGGGGGUAAAUCUUUGUACGUUUGCUGAUUAUAUUGUAAUUGAUCUGCUAUACUCACAAACUUGGCAGGUGCAACUCGGCUCAUAACGCUUGAUUCAGUGUUGGAAAGUCACGGGGUUCAAAUCCUGGUCGUGAGUCACAACUCGACUUAUCAUCAACGGGGUUGUGUCUGGCCUUCUCUGUAGGAAUGUGGAUUUCCACUUCUUGCUCAGGGCUGCCUAUGAGACAAAGCCUGCACAUUUGAGCCAAGGUGACAUUGAAAUUUGACAUUUCAGAUUCGAUUUAUGUUUAAUAUCCAUCUCCUUUUUUAAACGAUGGUUGUUUGCAAGGUUAAUUGUCUCGUGCUUUAAUUUUUUUAUCGGUGUUAGUUAAUGCAUUUAAUCUAUUUCAUCAUCAGCCAUGUUCAACCCACUGCUGGAUAAAGACAUUUCGAAGCCACCACCGACUCUUACUUUCCUACGCUGGAAUAAACCACCUGGCACCUACACACGGCAUUAUUCAAAUAGAUUAAGAACACUAUUUUUUACAGCAUUCUCUCAGUGGACCACAACUUGAUUUAAAGUAAUCCCUCCGAGAAUGCAUUGUUUCAGCCAUUGGAUGGCUGUUAGUGCAGCGACAUGCACAGGGGCUUGCGCAAGGCACGUGACCAUGACACAUGGGUUUUAGCUGCAUUGUCACGCGCUGGGAGCAGGCAGAACGGGCCUUAUCCUUUUAGAGAUUGUCAGCCGGCACAGGUUUAUAAUGGUGUGCGAGAAUAGACUUGAGUUGGGGCUUUCAGCGCAGUGAUUUCUUGGAUAUGUUUGAAUUUGGCUUUUUCUGGCUCUUUUGAGACGAGGCAAUUUCAAGAAUUGUCUUGUACUGUCGACUUUGUUGAGUCAGCGAAUGAAUCCUUGCGAUGGAAGGCACGAUACGUCUCUUCUUCGCUAUCUAUCCCAAAAGUGGAAAUUUGUCCAAAUUUAUUUUAAAGUAUGAUUCUCUGCCUUAUGUGGCACAUCAUUUCACCUUUUGUCUUCCUUUAUUCUCCAGCAUUGGAGUCCAAUAUUGCUUCUCGCAUUGAGUCACAGUAUUGCCACACAUGAGUGAAAUUAUAUUACGAAAUCACAUAUUAUUCCUCCUUUUUUUCAAUAUGUGAUAUGAUUAUUGGUACGGACCUAACAGCAUGUCACUGCUUUUUUCAUUCUGUAUUAAAAUUAUGUUUUACAAAAACACUGAGAUGGCCAAGGGAGGGCAGUACAGCAAGUGGAUUGUCACCCAUAUAUACAGACCAAUUCGCGGUUUCCCCUCCUAUACGUAGAUUUUUAUGGGUACGCUGCUUUCGCCCCACAAACUAAAUUCUCCCAUCACAUGGAAUUGCUGGAUUCUCCUGAAAAAGAUUGCAGGGACACAGUGACGUGUUCUUGACUUCAUGAAUAUAAUUAUUAUUCAUAAGGACUGUCUAUUUAGAGCUGUGAUUAGGGGAUAGCACUUCAAGCCGACCUUGACCGCAGUGCAGGUGAAGGGGGUUUAUUUUGUGCAUUCCUUUGGACCAGGCAGGGUGGUGCAACCACUACGAGCAGUGAGAGCUGGAAUUCUCUGGUCUAUCUGGCCUCUAAAAAGCCAUGGGGGCUUAUCAUAAGUAACCCCCCCCCCCCGCUCCUACCUUACUAAAGCAGUCACAUGUGCCCAAACAGCUGUGCAUGUGGGCCACUGACCACAGCUGACCCCAAGCCGGUAGUUCUAGACCAGACAGGAGGUUAUCCGGAUCCACGUUGCUCACUCGCCAGUCCUACGGGUUCGCUCGACUCCGAUUUAGGGCAUUUUGCAAGGAAGCGUCUUGCUUGCGCGCUCUGCAAGGCAGCGUUGGGGCAGGGCUGCCAAGGUGAAAAUAGGCGACAAGUGCGAAUCGCAAGCGAUCGACGCGCCCGUCACUCGUUCUGGUGUUUAUCGUGGCUGUCAGUAAUACACUGAUAGUAUGAUUAUAUCGCACGCCAUGGAUUAAUUAAAGGGGGUCUACGUUUGAAAGUACUGUAAAAUAAUUGACGCAUCCAUUUUAGCGUAACCUAUCAUGAGUCAAAGUGGUCCGACUGCUCAAUCAGCUGUGGGAUUGUGCUCAUUUUCACUGGGGUUCACGAUAGCCUUAUCUGACUGCCAACGAGAAUUUUAACUGCAUUGUAUAUUGAUGACGAGUCAAGGCGUCUGCUGCGGUAGUGCCCUGCCUUACGUUCGGGUUACCUUUUGGGCAUUGAAGGUUGGCGAGGAUUAGGCCGAGAACACGCAGUUAGGGUUACGGAUCGUGGUAAGGUUACCAUUUAUUUAGGGUUAGUGGUAAGGGUACCAUUGAUUUAGGGUUAGUGGUAAGGUUACCAUUGAUUUAUGGUUAGGGGUAAGGUUACCAUGACAUACCGUGUUUUAUUGCACGAUUUAGGGUCCACAGCCAUCGUACUGUCCGGUUUCUGCCAUGGCAACGUGGAGUUCCUGCUGCUGGCUCAGGUGCUGUGACCUCUUGCUGGUUUUUGAGCAGAGAGACACUCGGACCUUUUUGACUCUCUGUGGUGCCGUCGCUGCCGUACAAACGACGAGGGAACGCGUUUCAUUUUGGAAUGCGACACCGUGUUCUCGCAGCCGAUGGUGCCACCUCUCCUGGUGUCACAUGACGUUCAGAUGUGUCGAGCACGGUUGAUAUUCUCGUACCGCCCGGCCUACACUUAUCGGUAGGGUUGCUUCUCGCGCUAUGUACCCUUAAUGGGGGUUUCCUCUUGAAAUGCAUGCACGUUUUAUUGAAGUUAACCACUAUGCUAAAAUAUGGUGUAGUUAAAGAUAGCUUUCAAGUUGUAAGCUUGGACGUGGCUAAUCUACUUUCUACAGAGUAUAUCAGUUUCACAUUUUUGGCAUUUUGCAGUGGUUGUGUUUUUUUGAGAGGCUGCACCCACCAAUGAAGAUGAGCGCCAACCUGGGGUUGUACAGGUGGACAUUUGUCCGUUAAUGAAUGUAAACCAUUCCAUUUAAAAAAGUUUAUACUUUCACAAUAAUUUCUCGACAGUGCACCACGAGUUUGUUAAUCUAUUGCAUAUUAACAUUAGAAAAGAAGGGAAGCGUGUGCUAAACCAAUUAUAAAAAAAAUUUGAUGACAGCAGCAUUCGUUAGAUAUUAACAGCACAACACGUUGCAUUCCUUAAUAUGCACCUAAUUUGUAAGCAUUCAACACUCAAAUAACACUCUCAUAUCGGAAACCCUUCCUCAAGCGGACGCUUGAUAAACAAACAUCAUACCACCAGAUAGUCUCGCUCGUACCAAGUGGUACGACCCAUUCAGUGUCAGAGCAAGUCCACCCGCUCCCCACCCACGCCCUAACCAGCGAAAUGGAUUCUUCCAGGUGUAACCUGAGCAGCCGGCAGUUCCACUGACGCUCAUUAUGAGUGCACGGUCGGUUUGCAUCGCCGCGACGAAGGGUUACCGCCGAUCGGGGCUAGGCUGUAAUCCGCACCUUCUUCGUCCCUGCGUGUGUAGAGUUAAAAGCCCAGGCUCGGCCUGGUGUCGUGCUCCCAAUGUGGCCAGCAGUUCGUCAGCCUCGACAACGCGCGCACGCUGCUCAGAACGUGCGUGUGGCCGGGAAUGCGGCGCUCGCUUGCUCUUACCGAGCAAGCGGACGCCUUCCCUGCGCGCUGCUUUAUUUUAGCAGAGCGAGCUGGCGCGGCGUGGGUGGCACAGGCUAAGAGCACGCGGGCGGUGUUUUCUCAAGGCAUACAAACUUGGCCGCGCGCAGACAUACACGCUGGACCUGUGUAUUUCGCAUGAUACGGAACACCGUUCUUCUUGCCAUUGAUCGACAUAGCCCGGGCACCUGGACAGCUCGCGGCUAAAUCGGCGAUAACGCGCGCGCCCGGCCGGCGCGCCCGGCCGGCACGAGCAGCGUCGUGAGACUCAGCGCGUGCGCCGGGCUGGCCAGGGGCUGGCAUGAGCCUCUCUGCGGAGUCGCCAUGCAGCACGUCUCCUCCGCCGAGUGGUCCGACACGGCGUCGUACGAGAGCGACGGAGAGGGGGCGGCUGGUGGCGGUGUCGGCAAGCGUCGGGGUCGCGUGUUUGACCCGAGUGACAGCGGGGACGAGGGCACCCGAACCGAGGUGCGCGGCUCCCCGUGCCCAGCCGACGAUGGCUGUCGUGAAGCCGCUGAAAAUGACGAAAUUUCAUUGCAUCUGAUAAACGAAGUGCUGUGUGCCGAGAGGGUGGGGCAGAUGACCAAGACCUACAGCGAUAUCGACGCAGUGACGCGCUUGCUGGAGGAGAAAGAGCGUGACCUGGAGCUGGCAGCACGCAUCGGGCAGUCGCUCCUCAAGAAGAUCAAAGUGCUCACGGUGCGCAAUGAAAUCCUGGAGGAGCAGAUCGAGCACACCACGGAGGAGGUGGCGCAGCUGCGCCACGACUUGGCCUUGAAGGAAGAGCUCCUGCACAUCUACACGAGCACGGCCGACGAGAAUGACAACGACACGGGGGAGUCCACGCCGCCGCCGAUGGAGAGCUCUGGCUGCUCGCUGUCCAUCGGUCAGAAUGUCCUGCACAUGGACAGCUUCCACCGCAAGCUCAAGGAGCUGGAGGAUGAGAACUUUUCACUGCUCUCAGAGGCCUCUCACUUGAAGAAUGAGACUCUGGACUACGAGGAGAAAGAGCAGCAGCUGGUGACGGACUGUGUGCGGGAACUAAGUAUGUUCCAGGAGGAAAUGCGGGCCUCGAGCGCGCACAUCGCUCAGCUCACCGAGGAGCUGUCGCGGCGCAGCGAGGACGCGGUGAGGCAGCAGGAGGAAAUCACCCAGCUGCUCUCCCAGAUCGUCGACCUGCAGAAGAAGGUCAAAACGUACUCGGCCGAAAAUGAGGAGUUGUCACAGCAUCUGGGAGCAGCUAAGGACGCUCAGAGACAGCUCACAGCUGAGGUGCGGGAGCUGCAGGAGAAGCUGGCGGAGUGCACGGACAUGCUACACGAGGCGCAGGAGGACGCGAAGAAUCUGCGCAACCAGAUCGCCCCGAGCACCACCCCGUACCGCUGGUUUCACCCGCUCGCUCAGUUCCCCCGGGACUCGCUGGCGGCUGAAAUCGAGGGCACCAUGAGAAAGGAGUUGCGAUGGGACGAGUUGGGUCACAAGGGCCACCAGAAGCGCGUGUUCGACACGGUGCGCAUCGUCAACCAGACGGCGCGGCGCUCCGCCUCGUGCUGCCUCUCUCCGCUCCCCAUCCCGGGCUCGAACCAGACGUCGGCGCGAGCAUCGCGGCCCCCCAGCGGCACGGCGUCGCCGCGGUCCGGCCUCUACGGCUCGGACUUCUCCUCCGCGGCGCUGCUCGACAACCGCAUGCGCAGCCUCCUUCUGGACGUCGACGCCCUCAACCACAACGACGACAGGCGGCCGGGCCAGCCGGGCACGCCAGGCUCGCACGACCUGGAGACUGCUCUGCACCGCCUGUCGUUGCGGCGCGAGGCCUACCUGAGCGAGCGGCGCUUCAUGGAGGAGGAGUGGGAGCGCCGUCUCGCCGAGCUGGCCUCGGGUCGCGCCGGCGGCGGCGGCGGCGGAAGCGAUCGCCUCCCGACGCCGGGCUGCGGCAGCGGCAACGACGCCGACGGCGGCCGACUGUCGGACGGCGCUCGCUCCUCGUCCGCCUCGUCGGCGUCGGUCGAUUCGCACUCGUCCAUGUCGCUGGCAUUCCGCUCGUACCUGCCGGACAAGCUGCAGAUCGUCAAGCCGCUGGAAGGCUCCAUGACGCUGCAGCAGUGGCAGCAGCUGGCCCAGCCGCACCUGGGCGGGAUCCUGGACGCGCGCCCCGGCGUCAUCACCAAGGACUCGUGGCCGACCCUCCCCCCGCCCUCGUGGGGUCAUCCCAUCUACCGGAUGAGCGACUACGAGGAGGAGGAGCCAGUGUACUUCCCCGGCAAGUGCGUGUCCCAGACCAACUACACGUAUACGUUCACCACGUGUCGAAUCAUGCACCCCUCGGAUGUGACGGCCAUCACCACCAGCGGAUCUGGCAGCCCCGCCACCAGGCUGUUUGACAGCGUAGCGUCCAGCCCCGUGCCGUCCCGCCGCGCCAGCCUCGCCGAGUCCUUCACCAACGCCCGCGAGUCGACCCGGACCUGCAGCGCGAGCCUGCGUCUGCCGGAGCUGCUGCAGGAGCGUGGCAUCUCUGCCGCGUCGCUGCCGCCGCCGCCGCCCCUGGCGGAGCAACGGCAGCAGUUAGCCGCCGCGCACGGCAUGACGAGCCGCCCCCGAACGUUGCCCCUGGCCACGGCUACACCGCCCAACUCGCCUCUGCGUGCCGACUUGCCCUCUCCGCUCUUGUCGCCGCUCGCUUUCCCGCCGCUGGGACAGCCGGCCGAGGUGUUCCUGGCCUCCAAGCCGGCCACGGCCGUCCUCAAGGAGGUCAUGGGUCAACAGAGGCUGACGAGCAACACGGGAAGCCAGACGGAGCUCAGUGCCAACCACUUCACUCUGGUGCAGAGGCUGAGGAAGCUGGGCAUCGGCUCAUCGAACGUGGGCGUGCGCGGCAGUGGUAGCGCAAGCAGUGGUGGCGAUGACGGUGGUGAUGCCGACAGCGGUCGUAGUCGUGAUGGUGAUGGCUGUGAUGGUGCUGCCGCUGCUACAUCAGCAUCAGCGGUUGCCAAGCCCUUGGCUGCGAAGUACGUGCAGAUACUGGAGCGACUCACGCAGUCAUUCGCCGGACGGCUGCGACCUGCCCUUGCGGGCAUGACGGAUUCGAUUCGCGGAGCUGGCGAGAGCAAGUGCGGACAUCAUCACAGCAGCGGAGACCACGAUAGUUGCACGGGCAGGGAAAUUACGGAUCCCGACGCCUGCCGUCGUGUCACCGGCCCCGAAGUGCCGUGCAGUGGCCUCAAGAGGUCUGCUGUCCGCCCCGACGAAGUUGAAUCGCGCGAGUCGAAGGUGGCAGCUGUUGGUCUCGCCUGCGCACUGGGGUUCACGGAUAGCAGCGAGCCUGCACGGGUCCACUUGCGCGGGGCUUGUGGAGAUGACGACCGAGCCGACCGUUGGAACGCUGAGUGUGACUUGGUGAACACCAAGUUGGCGGAAAAGCCAGUGUCUAGGCACGGGAUGAAGCGGUCUCUGAGCCUGAACAGCGCGAUGUUGAUAGGGGGAAGGUCUCCCAUGCAGACCAGCCCUCCAGGGCUGGCUGGGAUCAUGGAACUCUAACAAGCGAUCUCGGCGAUGCGAGCAACUGAAGUGUGCGUGACGACACGCGCAGAAUGCACCGUGUAAAUAUCGUGUGCCUAACUGUAUUAUAAUGAAACGCAAUUGUUAUAUUGCAUGGAUGAAAACGGCCUUCAAUUGGUGCAUUGUUAUGGCAGUUGUUGUGUAGUUAACAAAGUUAACAAGUGUGUUCGGAUUGCAUUUAAAUACCAAAAGUUAAGAACAAAACAAGGACGACUGCGAUUUUCAUGUACAUCGUUUGUUCCAUAUUGCACUUGAAUAUGUCCAUAUUUUAUCUUCUCUACGUGUAUAGGGGGUGUGGUUGUAUAGGGGGGGGGGUGGUAUGUCUUCAUUUUGCUUGUAUAUAUGUACAUUUUUUAUUACUUUUAUUUUCUCAUCUGGUACAGUUACACGAAGCACAUGUUUAUAAUCACCCUGGAUACACUCGUUGAGUUUACAGUGCUUCCAUCAACACCGUCAGCUUAUAUUUUUUGAUUUAAAGCUUUCGUGACUGCAGUAAUUCAUAUACUUAGUUUUUUCGGUAAAGUCACGUUGAAGAGAAACAACAAAAUAACAAAAUAUAUAUGAAACAAUAAAAA